AUGUCGUCAACUGUCAGCAGCGAGGCUGUUCGCGAAAGUAAAGUCUCGAAAGAAUAUGGAUCGGAACAGAUUCAGGUAUUGGAAGGUUUAGAUCCUGUAAGGAAACGACCUGGAAUGUACAUAGGAAGCACUGGGUCCCGUGGUCUUCAUCAUCUGGUUUAUGAAAUCCUGGAUAAUGCCAUUGAUGAGGCACAAGCAGGAUUUGCUUCAAAAAUUGAUGUUAUUCUACUUGCAGAUAAUUCAGUUAGCAUCACAGACAAUGGACGUGGAAUCCCAACUGAUUUACAUCCAACAACAAAAAAGUCUGCUUUGGAGACUGUGUUAACUGUUUUGCAUGCAGGUGGGAAGUUUGGUGGUUCGAGUAGUGGUUACAGUGUUUCGGGUGGUCUACAUGGUGUGGGUUUAUCAGUUGUUAAUGCGCUGUCUGAGGCCCUUGAAGUUACUGUGUGGCGCGAUGGUAAGGAGUACAAGCAGAAAUAUUCCCGUGGAAGGCCUGUGACAAAGUUAGUCUCUAAUGAGCUUCCAGCUGAUACGAGAGACCGUCAAGGGACUCGCAUACAUUUUUGGCCUGACAAAGAAGUAUUCACGACUGCUAUUGAGUAUGACUACACCACAAUUUCCGCAAGAAUCAGGGAGCUUGCUUUCCUCAAUCCUCAGGUCACAAUUGCUCUUGAGAAGGAGGACACAGACCCAGAGAAGAGGCUGCAUAAUGAGUAUAGCUAUGCUGGAGGAUUAGUAGAGUGUGCAGAUGCAUAUUCAGAUACUUUAUUAGGAUAUGCCAACAGCAUUAGAACUGUGGAUGGUGGCACUCAUAUUGACGGGGUGAAAGCAUCGUUAACUAGAACGCUCAACAACCUUGGAAAGAAGUCCAAAGUCAUUAAGGAAAAGGAUAUUAGUUUAAGUGGUGAGCACGUGAGAGAGGGAUUGACUUGUGUCAUCUCUGUCAAAGUUCCAAACCCAGAAUUUGAAGGACAGACAAAGACACGAUUAGGAAAUCCGGAGGUGAGGAAAGUGGUCGAUCAAUCUAUCCAAGAAUAUCUUACUGAGUACCUCGAGUUGCAUCCGGAUGUUCUUGAUGCAAUUCUUUCAAAGUCCCUCAAUGCUCUCAAGGCAGCGCUAGCGGCAAAGAGGGCUAGAGAAUUGGUGAGACAAAAGAGUGUUCUGAAAUCAUCUUCCCUUCCUGGAAAGCUUGCUGAUUGUUCAUCUACAAAUCCUGAAGAAUCUGAGAUAUUCAUAGUUGAGGGAGACUCAGCUGGUGGGAGUGCCAAACAAGGCCGCGAUCGACGGUUUCAGGCCGUGCUUCCUUUAAGGGGUAAAAUUCUGAACAUUGAGAGAAAGGAUGAAGCUGCUAUGUACAAAAACGAAGAGAUUCAAAAUCUUAUUCUUGGUCUUGGACUUGGAGUGAAGGGUGAAGAUUUCAAUAAGGAUUCCCUACGUUAUCACAAAAUCAUAAUAUUAACUGAUGCUGAUGUUGAUGGGGCCCACAUACGAACAUUGUUGUUGACCUUUUUCUUUCGCUACCAGAGAGCUUUGUUCGAUGAAGGGUGUAUCUAUGUUGGGGUCCCACCUCUGUAUAAGGUUGAGACACGCAAGAAAGCAUAUUAUUGUUACGAUGACCAUGAUCUUAAUCGCCAUAUACGUGAACUUUCUCCGAAUUCGUACACUAUUCAGAGGUUUAAAGGCUUGGGAGAGAUGAUGCCUGCACAGCUUUGGGAAACAACCUUGAAUCCCGAGACGAGAUUGCUGAAGCAAUUAAAAGUCGAGGAUGUUGCGGAGGCUAAUGUUGUCUUUUCGUCUCUCAUGGGAUCUCGAGUCGAUACCAGAAAGGAACUUAUUCAGAACUCUGCAAAUCUCGUCAAGAUCGAUCAGCUUGACAUAUGA